AUGGUAAACACUCACCGAACCAGGAACCCUAGGCGUGGAAACAACGUUCGAGAGGAAGAGAUGCAGGACCACCAUGAGGAAGGGACAGAGAUGCCCCAAGGUAACCCACUGCCAGAAGGGAACCAAGGAGGAGGAAUUCGGAUGGAUCAAAUGGAACGGGUCUUGGAAAGUAUGGUCACCCUUAUGCGAGGAACACAACCAGCUGGUCAGAUCGAAAAGAUCUUUGACUUCAUUGGCUGUGAGGUGGAGGACAAGAUUGGUUGUGCAACAUUCAUGCUUCGUGAUGAAGUUGACCAGUGGUGGAAAAUGAUGCAGAGAACCCUGCAAGGUCCUGAAGGUCAAGGUACGCCAGUUACUACGUGGGUGCAGUUUAAGGAACUUUUUAAUACGAAAUACUUUCCUUUGUGUAAGAAAAUUGAGAAAGGCCGGGAGUUCAUGAAUCUAAAACAAACUGGGGACAUGUCCGUUGCCCAAUACGAGGAUCACUUCACAAGGCUGAUCAAGUAUAUGCCUAUAUACAACCUGGACGAGGAAGCCAAAGCGCAGAAGUUCCUUGGAGGACUGAAGUGGAAAAUUCAACUAGCCUUAAGCUCCUUGGGGACACGCACCUAUGCAGAAGUGGUGCUGCAAGCUUUGACGGUAGAAAGCAACUUUCGACAAAUGGAGACUUUGGGAACGGAAUUUCGUGGGCCCGAGGACAGAAGGUUAGGAAGAAAGCAUGACUUGGGGACUCGAGGGAGGAAGUUCAAGACCAAAGGCUAUGGGGAUGGACGGAUCAUAUUGGGGAAUAAUGAGUUUCCAGUCGAACUUACGUCCCUAGAUAUUCAGGAUUUUGACAUAAUCUUGGGAAUGGAUUUCUUGACUAAAUAUAAUGCAAAAAUUAACUGUCAAGAAAAGACAGUUGAGUUACAAGCAGAUGAUGGAACUUGGGAGAAGUUUCGAGGGCAAGAUGGGAGUGGGAGAAUCAAAUGGAUAACAGCCCUUAAAGCUGUUAAGAUGUUAGGGAAAGGAGCAUAUGGCUACCUAGCUUGUGUACAGGAGGAUAACAAAAAAGUUGAGCUUGGGGAAGUGGCCAUAGUAAGAGACUUCCUUGAUGUGUUUCCUGAAGACUUACCUGGACUACCCCCUUAUCGAGAAAUUGAGCUUGCCAUAGAUGUCCUACCAGGGACAGACCCUAUAUCAAUACCUCCUUAUAGGAUGGCGCCAGCUGAAUUAAGAGAAUUGAAAAGUCAGCUGCAGGAUCUUUUGGACAAGGCUAGCAGGGAGGAACAUGAGCAACACCUGGAAACAGUCCUAAAGACGUUGCGGGAGCAUCGACUAUAUGCCAAAUUUUCUAAAUGUGAGUUUUGGCUAACCCAAAUAGCUUUUCUGGGCCAUGUCAUAUCAGAGGAAGGAAUAGCGGUGGAUCCUUCAAAAGUUGAGACAAUAAGAAAUUGGGAGCAACCUAAGACCGUAACUGAGUUAAUGAGAAAAGGAGUCAAGUUUGAAUGGAAUAUGGUGUGCGAGCAUAGUUUUAAUGAACUCAAAAAGAGACUAACCUCUGCACCUGUUUUAGCCAUGCCAUAUGGGACAAGAGGAUUCGUGGUUUAUACUGAUGCCUCAAAAACUGGCUUGGGGUGUGUACUCAUGCAGAACGAAAGGGUGGUGGCAUAUGGGUCUCGGCAAUUGAAAAAUCACGAGUAG